UUCUUGCGUUAUGCGUUGGUGGUUUUGAGUACUGCGUUGGCGUCUGGGAUCUUGAGCGAGCGGUGCUUGUCCGGCGACGUGUGCGGGGACAUCCUGCCUUGGCAGCACGAGCCGAGCGCGCCGUCGGUUCGUUCCCAUUUGGCCGCUCUGCAGACGGUGUCACUCAACGCAGCAGCCAACCGGUAUUACGACCACAUCGUCAUCGGUGCCGGUGCGGCAGGGUCCACACUCGCGCGCUCUCUCGCCGAACGAGGCCGUCGCGUCCUCCUCGUGGAGCGCGGCUCUCCACGAAUCUCGCACGUUCUCACACAGUCAUUGUACGGUGCCGGCCUCGUCAUCGCAGACGACGGCGUCGGUCAAACAGUGAGAACCAAGAACGGAAUUCGCACCACCCUAGGCGCCGUCUUCGGCGGUGGUACCGCCCUCAGCAUGGGCAUCCAAAUCGAGGACAACGACUAUCCCCCGCAACUUCAACUCGACCCCUCCGCCUUCCAACAGGCGGUGCUCUGGACCAGACAGCAUUUCUCCAGCUUCAUGCCGCCGAUUCCCGGCUACACCGACACUGUCCACCAGGCAUUCGCUCACGCCCUCCAACACCACCCCCUCUCCGACACUGACCACCACCCCCCCUCCCACCACCCCCCCUCCGACACUGACCACCACUCCAACCAGCACUAUGACAUCCAGUAUAAUGCAGUAUGGAACGGUGCGACCUUGUUCAACGCGUCCGAGAACUUCUUCCGACGUUCAUCGGACAGCUGUUUGGCGAACGCGUAUGAACCGCAGCCCAGCACGUUGGACGUGUUGCCCGAGACGUGGGUGGAGCGGAUCGCGUUUACGCAGACGCGGGACCAGCCGCGGCCCCGCGCCGCUUGCGUGCUGGUGCGGCCUGCGCGAGCACACGACCGACGCGUGCUAGGUGGUCAAGUGUUGGCGCCGAAGCCGAAGCUGCGGCACUCAUUGCCCACGCCACGACGCCAGGCGUUGGUGAACACGCAACCGCCGGGCUGGGGCUUCUUGGAGGAGUUCAUCAGCCGUCGUCGUAGACGCUUGGAGGAGGGGCUAGUCGAACUGUGUGCCGCGGAAGAAAUCACUCUCAGCGCCGGAGCAGUUCACACUCCCCUGAUCCUAGCACGAAGCGGCGUAGGCAACACCGAGCAACUGGGGCUGUUGGGGAUACGCAACCCCGUGCUCGUUAACGAAGCACUCGGUCGUAACCUUGGAGACCGCACACUGGUACCCAUCGUCCUCUUCCGCAAACAUUCAACUGGACGCGGACACGAACUAGAAUCCAGUGUUUGCGGAGCGAUAUCCGCUGAAGAGAACCCGGACGGACUACUCAUCGUCGCCCAGGAAGCCACCGGCGGCCGGAUCGUGGAGGGGCUCGCCUUGGCCACACGCAUCUUCCUCGCGCCCCUGGCACGCUCCACCUCUGCCAGCGAUGCACUCGUCUUCACCGUCAACUUCUGCUCCGAAAGACCCAGAUCCAACCUGCUCUGCGACCUCGUGCGCAAGGCCCCCCAAUGCCUCCGCAAAUUGACCGCCCUCUGGACCUUCGUCACACAACCAAAGUCCCGAGGGAUUGUUGUCCAAGACGCUAAAGGCAACGUCGUAGUCGACCCCGCCUACUACUCACAUCCAGACGACCUAGACGCUGCCAUCCGCGGCACCGAAAUGCUCAUUGAUGUCGUCCGCUCUGGACUACUCGAUAACGAGUUCGAAAACCCCACACAGGACUCCUGCAUCCACACCCUCCACGACACCGUUUCCCUCGCAGUCAACCACUAUCGCACAGCCAUGGAAGAACACGACCAAACACACGUGAGCUGGUACACUGACGGGAACAAGAACAGGACGCGCUCUCGAAUCAACAGGUCGCCGGGUGCAGGACUCGUGGGCGCAGGACCCGUUGGCGCCAGAGGACCCGAUUCCUUAACACGCUCUCUGAUCGAACGAUCGGUAAAUGGUCGCGCGGCAACUGAACACUUGGGCACCAGACGCACAAAUAAACCAGAUGAGCUCACUGACGGGUUUUCUCAGGCGGCGGGUGGUUUGCCUGGUUCCGUGGUAUUACCCGGUAUACUAUGGGCUCUGGGUCCGCAUCACAAGGUUGUCGGCCAAAACGUCUCGACUUUUCCAAACCAACUGCCGCUUUCAAAGAAGGGAGUAGUGCAGCUGGUAGAGGAGAGCUCGCAGUCGAUGUGGCAUCUGCAUGGUACCGCCGCUAUCGGGACGGUUGUUGACUCCCAGUUUAGAUUGAAGGGGGUCUCAGGGCUCUCUGUUGUUGACGCAAGCAUCAUGCCUAAAUUGACCAAAAUGAACCCGACCGCUUUCCUGCUAGCUCUCGGGCGCUAUGUGGCGCUUGUUAGAUCACCCAUUUAA